AAUGGUUAUGGCAACGGAUGUCAUUUAAAAAAAAUCUGAACGUGCUUUGUUUUAUUAUGAGAGUCGUAAUUGGUUAUUUGUUUGGUCUUUAAAAUUUUAUUAAUUCCUUGAAACUAGCUUAAUUUUGCACGUUUCAUAUCAUCUUUCUAUUCUACAGCCGUUCAAAAGCGACAUUUGAAAAUUCUUUAUCAUACUCAUUAACCGAAGUGUAGCUGUUGCAUGUUAUCGAAUGGCCUAGCAUGGCUAAUGUUUGUCUGAAUAGCGGAAAGGAAAAUUUCUCAGGGCGAGGCCAGAUUGAAUUUAUGAAAUCAUCUAUUCUGUCAUCUCCAAAAUUCAUUAUUUAGAAGUGCUGAUUGUAUAUGAGUAGUAGUAGAUUAACGGAUUGUUUAUUGGAAUUUAACACGAACGGCUGUAGAGUUACUACGUUCGAUCAUUCUAUUUUACAUAAAUUGAGAAAAUUUUCUACAGUGUUUACUUGGGAUUAUUUUUUGUGAAUUUGAAAUUAUGGCCUGCGCUACAUUGAAAAGAAGUUAUGAAUGGGAUCCCCUCCAAAGUCCAAGUGGAAGAAGUCCUAAGCGACGAAGAUGUACUCCAGUCAUGGCUCCUUCGCCUAAAAUUUUCAAGAGUACAGUGGAAAAUCAAAGCCCUUUUGGAGAAGUCCCUUCGAAAUUAACUUCAGAACAGAUCGCUGAGAAUAUUAGAGAAGAAAUUAAAAAGCUUCAUAGAAGAAAGCAACUAAAAUUUGACGCUAGCGAUAGUUCCGAUAGUUCCAGUGGAACUCCAGCAGCUACCUCUUCUAGGGCCGAAGGAUCGGGUCUCAUGGCUUCAACCUGUCGGGAUCAACCUCUAUUCACUUUCCGACAAGUUGGUCUGAUUUGCGAACGCAUGAUAAAAGAUCGGGAAACUGAAAUCCAACUCGAAUAUGAUCGCAUCCUCAAUGCUAAGCUGGCCGAGCAGUACGACACUUUUGUCAAAUUCACGUAUGAUCAGAUACAGAAGCGAUACGAGAACUGCAUUCCCAGUUACCUCUCUUAAUUUCGAAUAGGAAUUUAUAUCUCUAAAGAAAGAUUGGUUAAACUCUUACUCUCCGUUACGACACUAAAUGUUCUCGUCAGUCGCGUUCAUUGAGUGUUAUACAGAAGUUAAAACCAAAAAAAUAAUAAUAAUAAUCUGAUAUGAAUUGUGAAGAUGUUCAUGCCAUGCUGUUUCUAAAAAACUAUAACUGAUAAACCUUAAAUACAAAAUUAUUUAUCUUUUUAUUUUUCUGUGUUGCAAUUGCUAUAACUUGUGUCUUCAAAAUUUGUCAGAAGUAUAUUUGAGUGUGUUUUUUUUGCGUGAAUGACUUAGUUCUUGCAAGACAGCAAUAAAUUGGAUUUCUGACAAGACCUUUCAUUGUAUUCGUCGUUAUUUUCUGUCAUUAUAUAUAUUUGAUAUUCUGGUUUCUUGAAUUUAUUUGAAUGUGCGAUUAUUUUGAUAAGACUAUAGAUGCUCUUAUUGAAAAGAUAAGCAGUAAAUUAGUAUGUAAUGCUUUGUUUGUUUCUAUACUCCUUUGUUUUAUAAAUAGUUAAUUUCCAAUAUAAUUCAAUGUUGUGAAGUAUAAAAAAAUACCAGUAAUUUGGGAAAACUAUGCAAUAUGUUAUAAGUGUUCUUGAAUACAUACUCAUUUUGUGUCUGUGUUGUUCAGUUUCUUAUUUAAAAGUGCCUCUUGACUGAAUUUAAACUUGAAUGCUUAAUUAUUUUUCUUAUACUCUUACUUAAAAUUGAUUCUAUCUCCUAAGAUUUACUUGAGGAAAUUUAUAUACUGUUUUACUUAUUUUGAUUAAUUCUUAAAUGUGCAGCCAAACAUAUUUGCUAUGUAAAUAAAUAUUCCUUCUUUUUUUCUUUUAUGUGUAAAGAAUUUCAGCAUAUUUCUUCAGUUUUACAACUGUCUAAUAUCAACUUUAGUGAUUAAUCUUACUAUUAUCACUUUUAGAGCUCAAAUGCUGUAGUAAAAAAAUGAUUUUAUUGAUUUUUCUUUUGAUUUGAUAUUACUUUCAAGCUAAGAAAUCAAAAGAUAUUUUUGUAUUUUUCUUAAUCUUGGAUGUUUUUGGUACAUUUUAAAUUGAAAUGAAAUAAGUGAUUUUGAAUUUAUUUAAAUUCUUGUUUUAUUUGAUAAAUAGAUAAAGGUUGAACCUUAUGUUGUCCAUGUCCUUGUGAAUACCUUAUUAUAUGUUUGUACUUUUUGAAUUGAUUUAGGUGGGGAAGUAAAUGUACUGUACUGUACUGUACUUGCUUUAAUUGAUACUGUGCUUCAGAUCUUUUUAAAGUAUCAGACAUGGAUGCCUUAAAAUUUAUAGUUUAGUGUUAGUGGAUAUGAAUUGCAGAAAUUUUAUACUUGUAUAUUGCAUUUCAGCCCAUACAUUAACCUAUGUCAAAUAAAGUGUCUGUUGUAUA